CCAGCUCCUCCUGCCCUGGCGGGUCUGCUCCCGAGCCGGACUCUUGUGCGCUGCUGGGCGAGUCCCCGCCUGCAGCCCGGUGGAUCGCCCCGGCCGGGCGGCAGGAUUCCCUGGCCCUGACUCCGGGAUCUCCGAGAUGGAGCGCGGGGAAAAGCUGUGUGUCCCGGUUCUCCAGGGCACCGAGGGAAGGGCGAUCCCCCGAGUUGUCUGCACAGCAGGUGCCAGGAUGGAGGUGAAGAGUCCGAAGAAGGAAGGGCCCACAGGAGCAGAGCCACACUGGAUGUCCCAGAGCAUUAAGCAAGAAGAGGCCAGCGUGUCUGGAUGGCGGGAGGAGAUCAACACGUUGUCUCCAGAAGAGAUCGGCAUCAGGAUGAUGAUGGCGCACAACCAAGCCCAGCGGGGGGAGAGCCCCUACAGCUGCUUGGACUGUGAGAAGAGCUUCAGCCAGAGCUCCCACUUGGUCCAGCACCAGCGCAUCCACACGGGCCAGAAGCCCUACAAGUGCACUGAAUGCGGGAAAAGCUUUGUUCUCAGCUCCAACCUCCUGGAGCACCAGCGCAUCCACACCGGGGAGCGCCCCUACAAGUGCGGCCAGUGUGAGAAGACCUUCAGCCAGAGUUCCCAUCUCUUCCAGCACCAGCGCAUCCACACGGGCGAGCGGCCCUACCAGUGCACCGAGUGUGGGAAGAGUUUCAACCGCAAUUACACCCUGGUGAAGCAUUACCACACCCACGUCGGGGAGCAGCCCUUCAUCUGCAGCGAGUGCGGGAAGAGCUUCAGUCUUGGCUCCUUUGCCCAGCAUGUCCGCACCCAUACAGGUGAAAAGCCCUACAGCUGUGCCGAGUGCGGCAAGAGUUUCAGCAGCAGUUCCAACCUGAGCCAACAUCGGCGCAUCCACACUGGAGAGAAACCCUACAGCUGUGGCCACUGCGGGAAAAGCUUCAGCCAGAGCUCCAACCUCAUCAAGCACCGGCGCAUCCACACCGGAGAGAGACCCUACAGCUGCCCUGAGUGUGGCAAGACCUUCAACCAGAGCUCGUCACUCAUGCAGCACCGGCGAAUCCACCGCGGCGAGCGGCCCUACGAGUGCACUGAGUGCGGGAAGCGCUUCAGCGUCAGCUCCCACCUGGUGGAGCACCGGCGGAUCCACCGGGGCGAAAAGCCUUACAAGUGCGUCGACUGUGGGAAGAGCUUUGGCUGCAACUCAUCCCUGAUGAAACACCAGCGCAUACACACCGGGGAGCGGCCCUACAAGUGCCCCGAGUGUGGGAAGUGCUUCAUCGACAGCUCCAAGCUCAACAACCACCGACGCACCCACACUGGAGAGCGGCCCUACAUAUGCACCGACUGCGGGAAGGGCUUUGGAGACAGCUCUGCGCUCAUGAAGCACCAGAGGACACACACCAAGUAGACACAGCAGAUGGGGAGGGAGGCACUGGUAUCUCUCUAGAGGGUGAAAUUGACAUGCCGUGGGGAUCAGGGGCCUCUAUAAAGGGGGAAAUUGAUGUGCCAUCUGGGGGUACAAAGGCACCUUUAUAGAGAAUAAAUUGGUGUCCUUUCUUCCAACCCCUAAUGGUCAGCAAGACAUACUCAUCCAUCUUGGAAACCCUGGCUCCUACCCUCAACUCAUGCCAGUGUUCUUUUGCCUUUAGCAAGCUGCAGGCCUGAUCUGAAGCCCCUUCCUCCCUUCCCCACUUACAGUGGAUCAAGGUGCAGAUGGCCUCUGCAAGGACCCCAAAGCGGCAGGAAAUACUAAGGCAAAUCAUCCACCAGUGCUGUCUGCCACAGGGAUUUGUAGAGAGGAAAUAAGCAAACAUAGUGAGGUUUAGUGAUUAGGCCUGGGAGCCAGGACUUCUGGGUUCUGUCCUCAAGGAGGGGAGUAGCAUCUAGUGGGUGAUAGCAGAGGGGCUGAGAGCCAGGACUCAUGGAUUGGAUUCCCAGCUAUGUUUGGUUAUAGAAGGUGAAAUCAGAGUUUGUGUGCAGUUGUGGAUAGGUGUCUAGUUUAGAGCAGGGGCCUGACAAUCAGACCUCCUGGGUUCUACACCCAGCUCUGGCACUUUACCUUUCUGUGCCUCAGUUUCUUCUUCAUCUGUCAAAUGAGAAUAAUGGUGCCAACUUGUUUCUAGUGUUUUGAGAGUCAUAGAUGAAAAGUGCUUAUUAUUCUGUAUUUGAUGAGUAAUUGUCUAAGCUAGAAGUGACCCUCAUUUCACCUGCAUUUUUCAUGCUCUGGGUUAGCUGUAGAGCAUAGAUCUUUAGGUCUUUUCUUAAUCUGGUUUGCAGUAAUUAAGAUCCACUAUAGAUGUCUCAUUUCUCUCAACCAACCAGGAGAAGAAAUGUAAAGGGAUCCUAGAAAAGGAAAUAAAACUGGAGAUUGUGCCCUUUAAUUUUACUACUUUAUGAUGCACAAAACAAAGCCUGGGGAAGGGGCGGAGGGAAUCAACCUGCUUGGGACAUUAGAAAUUUGGAAGUUGUAUAACUUGGAAGUCUCUUGGGAAGACUGGAGAAUUGGGUCUGAUCAGUUAAACCUGAUUGAACGUGGAGAAUGGCUUUACAACAUAAGGCAAGUUAAUGUCCAUUGUGUGAGAUAUCUUAGAGGCCUAAUUUUCAGGUGGAAGUGCUCAGUAUUGUCUGAAAAUUGAGCCCCCUUAACCAUUAACAGUUGGGCACUGAUCAUCACCAUUGAAAGUUUUGGUCCAAAUCUUAAAAAAUCAAGAUUUUCUCUCCCAACGUGUUUCUUGGGUAACUGAGGUAGAUAAGUGACAACAAAGUGAGCUUGUCAGAGUCUUUGCCUGUGUUAAUAUUGAGCUAAGUCAAAUGUCUGCGUCAUGGGGUGCUCUACUCAUUACAGGAGCACCUCCUUGUGGCCUCAGCUGGGGAUUAGCUCUGCCAGUCUGAUGCCCCUUCCUGCACAUGCUCACUCCGUCUCUCUCUCGGGACUCAAUGGCUCCUUCUUCGUGGCUUGGCCCUCUGGCCCAUCAGUGCGGCCAUUUCCCCAGUGGCUGGUAGAGGAACCCAGGCCCAGCCUCUUCUCUGGGUUCCAGCUCAGGGACCCUACCCUGCUUUGUCUCACACAUCACUGCUGUUUCUGUGGUCUGCUUCCUACAUGGUCUCUGUCCAGCUUCCUCUCCAUCCUCCUCCAGGUUUGCCUUUCCCUCUGGGCCAAGCUCCCUGCUCUCCCAAGCCCCACAGAGUGACUACAGACCUCCCUGCAGCCUCUUUCUGCCCUCAGCUACCUGGCUUUCUACAAGCCCUUCCUGUUCCUGUCCAGAUGAGCAUCAUCCUUUAAUUAGUCCUCUCUGCUCCCUGGCUCCCCUCAGGGUGCAGCCUUGGUGGUUAAUUGGUCCAACUAGC